AUGGCGCCAAACCAGGGUCUCGUGCACCUCAAGGAGUACGACAUCAAGGACAGCAAUGUCGAGCUCAUUGGCUCGGACAUUGACCAUCGCGUGAAGUACAACUCCGCCGCAACCGAGCCCGCAUGGAACGACGGAAAGGUCGGCCAGGAGGCAGGCCUGCACAUCUGGCGCAUCGAGGAAUUCGAGGUCGUCCCUUGGCCGAAGGAAAAGUACGGCCAGUUCAUGGACGGCGACAGCUACAUCGUCCUCCACUCGUAUAAAGUCGGCUCCAAGGACGAUGCUGAGAAGCUAGGCCAUGAGAUCUUCUUCUGGCUCGGAGCCCACACGACGCAGGAUGAGGCCGGCACCGCGGCGUACAAGACGGUAGAGCUCGAUGAGUUCCUGCACGGCGCUGCGACUCAGCAUCGUGAGGUGCAGUCGGCGCCCUCGGAUGACUUCUUGGAACUCUUCCCCAGAAUUCAGAUCCGCUCAGGUGGUGUUCGAUCAGGAUUCCGCCACGUCGAGGAGGAUGAACCCAAGGGAGAAAUUCUCACGCUCCUGCGCAUCUUCAAGAACCCGUCCGUUGGUGCGAGUGGCGUUGUGGUGCACGAGGUCGAGCCCACGUGGAAAAGCUUGGACGACGAAGACGUCUUCGUGCUGGACACUGGCGACAAGAUUUGGCAGUGGCAGGGCAAGAGCUGCAGUCCGAUGGAAAAGGCCAAGGCUGCUCAAGUCGUCAACGACAUGACCCUGGCGAAACACAUCGAUGUAGAGGUGUUGACACAGGAGGAGUCGAGGUCCCGCGUCAUCGUCGGCUUGCUUGGCGGUGACGACGACACCCCCCAGUCCGGAUUCAAGUGCCCCAGACCUGUCAGGUCGGCGUCCAAGGCCCACGCGGGCGAGAGGCCCCAGAAGCUCUUCAGGCUGAGCGACGCAUCUGGCGAGCUCAGAUUCGACCUAGUCAAGGACGGCAGCAAGGCCUCGAUGUCAGACUUUGAUGGCCAGGAUGUCUUCCUUUUGGAUGAUGCGGGACGUACCGUAUGGGUGUGGGAAGGGCAGGGUGCGAGCAGAGGCGAGAAGGCAAACUGGCUAAGAGUCGCCCAGGCCUACAUUCGUCAGUUGCAGGGAGCAGACGAGGCCAACGAGGCGCACCUCACGCCCGUCGCCAAGGUGGUCGAGGGUAACGAGAGCCGGGCUUUCAGGAAGGCCGUCCAGGCGUAA